AUGGAUAACGAGGUUGAGAAAAAUAUUGAGAUCUGGAAGGUCAAGAAGCUGGUUCAAUCUUUAGAAAAGGCCAGAGGUAAUGGUACUUCUAUGAUUUCUUUGGUUAUCCCCCCUAAGGGUCAAAUUCCACUUUACCAAAAAAUGUUGACAGAUGAAUACGGUACUGCGUCGAAUAUUAAAUCUAGAGUUAAUCGUCUUUCAGUUUUAUCCGCUAUCACUUCCACUCAACAAAAGUUGAAGCUAUAUAAUACCUUGCCUAAGAACGGUUUAGUUUUGUAUUGUGGCGACAUCAUCACCGAAGAUGGUAAGGAAAAAAAGGUCACUUUUGACAUUGAGCCCUACAAGCCUAUCAAUACAUCCUUAUAUUUGUGUGAUAACAAAUUUCAUACAGAAGUCCUUUCAGAAUUGCUACAAGCUGACGAUAAGUUCGGUUUUAUAGUCAUGGAUGGUCAAGGUACUUUGUUCGGUUCCGUUUCUGGUAAUACAAGAACAGUUUUACAUAAAUUUACCGUUGAUUUGCCAAAAAAGCAUGGUAGAGGUGGUCAAUCUGCUCUUCGUUUUGCUCGUUUAAGAGAAGAGAAAAGACAUAAUUAUGUGAGAAAGGUCGCCGAAGUUGCUGUUCAAAAUUUCAUUACUAAUGACAAAGUUAACGUUAAAGGUUUAAUUUUAGCUGGUUCGGCUGAUUUCAAGACUGAUUUGGCCAAAUCCGAAUUAUUCGAUCCAAGGCUUGCAUGUAAGGUUAUUUCCAUUGUGGAUGUUUCUUAUGGUGGUGAAAAUGGUUUCAACCAGGCUAUCGAGCUUUCUGCCGAAGCGUUGGCCAAUGUCAAAUAUGUCCAAGAAAAGAAAUUACUGGAAGCAUAUUUUGAUGAAAUUUCUCAGGACACUGGUAAAUUUUGUUAUGGUAUAGAUGACACUUUAAAGGCUUUAGACUUAGGUGCAGUUGAAAAACUAAUUGUUUUCGAAAAUUUGGAAACUAUUAGAUACACAUUUAAAGACGCUGAGGAUAAUGAGGUUAUAAAAUUUGCUGAACCAGAUGCCAAGGACAAAUCCUUUGCUAUUGACAAGGCUACCGGCCAAGAAAUGGAUGUUAUCUCCGAGGAACCUUUGAUUGAGUGGCUAGCAGCUAACUACAAAAAUUUCGGUGCCACUUUGGAAUUUAUCACAGAUAAAUCUUCUGAAGGUGCUCAAUUUGUCACCGGUUUUGGUGGUAUUGGUGCAAUGUUGCGUUACAAAGUUAACUUUGAACAAUUAGUUGAUGAAUCCGAGGAUGAGUAUUAUGACGAAGAUGAAGGAUCUGACUAUGAUUUCAUUUAA